AUGCCCAUCCGCGGCCCUAUUUCAACCAAACUUUACAAAAAGGACGUUGCCGAGACCCUUCGAGUCGGGCCCCUGACGAUCCGUGUUUAUGAAGACGGCUCCUUGACUGAAAACCGGGUCAGCGCCGUACUGCUCGAGUUACCAGCCGGGACGAGCGGCCCGCCUAUGCACUGGCACCGAUUCCAUGACGAGUUGUUUUUGGUGACAAAAGAUGGCGAAGUGACGGCCGCAGCGGGAGAUCUCAUGACCGUUCCGCCGGGUGCUGUGCACACGUUCAAGAACGCGUCCGAGACGGAGGCCUGCGAGUGCCACUAUGUGGAUUACUUCCGGAUGUUAUCCAAGGCGACGAAAACUGGCAACCAGCUCGGCCCGGCUGAAGUCGAACAUUUUAUGGCCUUGUUUGGAACGUUUCCACCAAGUGUCGAGUCGGAGCCCUAG